AUGAAGCCUACCAAAUUACUAGACGGCCACGGAAGUCUCUACAAAGAAGUACGCUUCUCUCCGACCGAGACACCCAGCCGUCGCACAAAAUCUUUUUCAGCCACAUUUCCUCCUGUCAUUUCAGGCUACGGCCGAACUGCAUUCCAAGACUCCGCGUUGGUGAACUCGUUCACUAUGGAUACUUCCUAUAUCGACCAAUCGCGAGCCCUCCUCCAGAGCCAACGGGUGAACUUCGAGACGGAGAGGGCAUUGUUUGCGCAGGAGCGACGGUUGUGGGAGAAAGAGCGGGCGCUGUUGCGAUCGAAGAUCGCCGAGCUGGAGGUGUUUGUGAAAAGCCAAGGGAAUAAAACAAAUCAAUUGGGAUCGGAAGCGGCCAAGCUUGUACUUGCAGGCGGAGCAUCGCAAUAUAACACAAAUGGCUUCGCAGCUCAAGUGUGGGAGGGGACAAGUCCUGGCAAUCGACCAACAAGGGUGUUCUUCGAUCAUGAAUCUCCAGACCAAAGCUAUCUAUCGCCAAUCUCCGAAAGUGGGCUGAACCCCCCAUCCCUUGAUCGGGCCCUUUCACCCCAAUCGCUACUAGCAGACGCUUCUGGAGGGCCUGUAAGUCUGCCGGUGCCGAUCGAAAAGCUUGACCGUACCCUGGAUGGUAUCACGCUCAAGUCCACGGCGUUGCCACCUGCCGUGGUGGCUCGAGUGAUCACCCCGCCCUCCCCAUCGCCCCUAACAUCCCCUGGAACUGCCCCUUCAACUGCUGCAAGGCCUCACAUGGAACAUCGAAACAGUCUCAAACUGAAGCUGUCAGAGCUCGGCCCGCCCAAUGAGAACUUGCUUCGCCAUGCAGGUCACACCCCGAUGGCGAUCAUCGAAGGCGAUGAUAGUCGACGGUCCACCCAGGAGGGGUCUCCCAUCGAGAUUCCCUCCCAGAGCGAGGAGGGCCCUCUUUCGCCCGUGACAACGAACGUUCAUCAACCUUCCGAAAACAAGAUCUCCUACUUUCCGGAUGUGCCAGACGAUCCCGCUCUCACGGGGCCCCUCGGUCUGAUUAAUGAUGAGGAGCACGACUCUAAUUUUUUGAACGAACUGGACCAGAAACUGCUUGUUCAAGCGAAGAAUAUUCUGGGUAGCUCGGUUGAAUCGGCUGAUCCCAAUGAGAGUGAUUCCGAGUCUGAGUUCCCUCGCCAAGACGAGAAGGAACCUGAAAUGAAGUUCAAGAAAUCAACUAAUUUCGGUACUGCGUUUGGAAUAUCGAACCCGGGUCAAGGUUAA